AGCUCACUGGCCGGCCAAUUUGGCAGCAUAGGCUAUGCACUCAUCAACCUACUUUUUUCGACUAGGUCUAGGCCCUGUUUUUAGAACAAAGAUUCUAACCUCAAAUUACUUCAUUGAGAAGGGAUUCAAGAUUAUCCUUAAUCCAUGUCUUCCUUCCCAUAGUUAUAAAUUAUAUCAAUCUGCAUCACCAAGCAAAAGCAAGAAAUUAUUAUAUCCUUUUUUCAUCUAUAUUUAGAGUUUGCUAAAAUUGUCACAAAUAUGAUAUAUGGUCUCUUUUGGGUUCUGAUUGAGAAGAUAAGACCAUCUAUAACGAAGUUUUCCAGUGCAAUCGGGAGGCUAGCAUAUGUGAUCACAACAGCAUUUCUCCUUCUAUUCUUUGAAGAGUUCAAGAACCAACAAAUCUGGAAUGGGAGACUGAAAACGUUCUUAUACAUCUGUGCCUGUGUAAUGUAUCAGGGUGUCCUCUCAGAGGCAGAAUUGAAAAGAACCAUCUUUGGGGUGGAAAAGCCCAACAAAGAAGUGCUGGCUUUUGCCACCAAGAAAUUCAUUUCAAUGGUCAAACAGCCUGAUGAUGAGAGGAAAGAGGGUGUCCCAGAAGAGGUGAACCAUCCUGAUGAUGAAAGGAGAGAGGUUGCCCCAUAUUGCAAUAUAUUAUUUGGGUACAUUAUUAAAAUACAUACAUAUCUUGCCAGCUAAUAGUUUUAUUUACCCAAAUGUAUAAUGCACCUACGACACAUGUAUAGUUUGCAUGGCCCAUGGACAAUCACCUCAUAUUUUUCUCUUACCUAUUCUAAGCAUAGGACAUCUCCCGUGAAUGUAGUAUAAAUGCAUGCGCAUCCUUCUUCAGUUGGAAGACAGUAGCAUGAUAUUAUAAUAUACUUCGUAUUAAAAGUUUCCCUUCUUUCAUACUACGUAUAUAUCUUUAAUUUUAUCAUGGUAUCAGAGCCGAAAUCCAUGAAUAUAAAUUUUAAAUUUUCUCCUUUAUAAUAUUUCUUUGCUCAACUAUGGCAGUUGAUGAUCUAACCGUUAAGAUGAGUCACGAAGCUAUGGUUUCUCCCUUUUUGGUUCCCAAGUAAAUACGGCGUAUACAUUGCCUGAUUGCCACAUGCUCGUCCUUGGAUAAUUGAUGCCGAAGCUACCGAGCAUAUAACUUGCAGUGAUGUUAAUCUUUUUAAUAUCAUCAAUCCCACACCAGAACCGUCGGUCAAAAUUCCUAAGCGUGUUCUAUACAUUCCGAAAUUCCAGUGUAACCUUCUUUCAGACAGUCACCUAACAAGCGAUCUAAAUUGUACACUGACAUUUUUCACAGACUUCUGUUUUUUACAGGAUUUAUCCACGAGAAAAUUGAUUGGCGUGGGUAAUUGACUAAAUUCUGUGAUGGUCUCUACUAACUGGAAUCCCCAAGGGUUGAAGGGAUAGCAAUGUCCGUCUCUAUUAGUCCCGAUUUAUGGCAUCAACGUUUGGGCCAUGCAUCCAAUGGAAAGUUACAUCACAUUAGUUCCCUCAAGGGUUUCCAACGAGAUAAUCAUUUUUGUGAUCCUUGUGUUUGUGCUAAGCAGAUCAGACUACCGUUUCCUACAAGUGCAAUUAAGACAACUCGGUGCUUUGAAUUGAUACAUUGCGAUAUUUGGGGAGCAUAUAGAUGCGAUUCAAUCUCUGGAGCACGGUAUAUUUUUGUCUAUUGUUGAUGAUUUUACUAGAGGUGUUUGGGUUUAUUUAAUGAAAAAUAAAUCCGAAGUUCCACAACUUUUAAUUCAAUUCUGCAACAUGGUUGAUACACAAUUUGAGCAAAAGGUCAAACGAAUAUGAACUGAUAAUGGUGUAGAAUUUCAAACCAACGGGUUAUUUGAUUAUUAUAGCUGUAGUGGGAUAUUAUUAGAGACAUCAUGCACGGACACAUGAUGUGAGCUUUCUCGCACUUAAAAAGCUUGUAAAAAAGUGGUUGAAAGUACGAGUAUCGUCUCC